AUGUUCAUGCGCAACGAAUGGGUCUCGGAUGCUCCAUUCACGCUCAACGGAACGAGCAUAUCCGAUUGCACCAGCUACGUUUAUCUGAGUCGGGAAUUGAACAUGAUGAACGACCGGACCCUUGAGCUUUGCAAGAGGAGACGAGCAGCUUGGGGAGCGUAUAAAAGCAUUGAGGAUGUAGCGAAGAAGACAAGGCAGACCCGGAUUCGUGCUCACCUCUUCAACACAACCGUACUUCCUGCUUUGACCUAUGCUUCGAAAACCUGGGCAGUUCGCAAAGAGGAAGAAAACGCGGUGAACGCGCAAUUGAGAGACUGA